AUGGCUGACCAAAACGAAAAGCCGCCCACCAACCAGCAGCAACAGCACAUUGACAGAAAGAGGAAAGAUGUAGCCACGAGCAGCAACAACAACGAUGACAAUAACAAAGCCACUCGGAUCAAUCCCGAACACGAAGACAUGCUUGAUCUUUCCUUGUGGUCUCCGAACCACUCUGCAACUCCUCCGUCCUCGUCCUCGUCCCCACCAGAUCAGCUCCCACACUCUAUCACUACUCCAUCCCCAUCUCAAUGGCAACUAAGUUUGUCUCCGCUAUCCUCCUCCCCCGAGGAGCCAAGUGAGCCAAGUGGGGCCCACCCACCACCGCCUCCACCACCACCGCCCCCAAGUGCCCACCCUCCAAACCCCUCACCAUCCUCCUCCCCGCCCGAGGGGGCGGGGGAGAGGGAGAGGGAUGGUAGUAGUGAGGGCGAAAACGACAACGACAAUGACAGCGACAGCGAAACUAUCGUCCCGCCUUAUGCCUGGGCCACGGACAGGCCUGCCAUAGUACACACUCUAGACCACCUCCUAUCCAACCUGCAGAUCGAGAAGAUCAAGGGCGGAGUGAAGUGCAAGAGGUGCGAGUGCGAAUACGAAAUGGAUUUCGACUUGAGAGACAAGUUCUCACAAUUGGAGGUGUUGAUAUGGGAAAACAAAGACGGAAUGUACGAGCGCGCGCCCGAAGUUUGGAAGACCCCGAUUCUCCCCAAGUGCCGCUACUGCCACCAAGAAAACAGCGCAAAACCCGUCAUAAGUCGCAGUAAGAAAGCCAUAAACUGGCUCUUCUUGCUACUGGGGCAGCUGCUUGGGUGUUGCACACUGGAUCAACUCAAGUAUUUCUGCCAACACACAAAGAAUCACAGGACUGGUGCCAAGGAUAGGCUGCUUUAUCUGGUGUACCUCACUUUGUGCAAGCAGCUUCGCCCAAACGAUCCUAAUUUUGAUCGCUAG